GAAAAGCAAAGGAAAACCCAAAAAAACAAAAAAACCCUCCAAAGCCCGUGAUUGAGUUCUUCCUUCAUUUUCUUGGAAACAAAGAAAGAAUCAAGACUCAAAAGGGCAAAAAGAUCCUAUGAAGAACAAUAAUAAGGGAACGAUCUUCAGCCUACGAAACGAAAGUCACAUUAUCAUCCUCUGCUUCUCUAAUUGUAGCAUUUGAUUUCAGCGGAAAAUCAUUUAUCCGACAGUUCGAUUUCAUGACGCUAAGUCAGAUAUGUCGCCGGCGGUGGUAGAUUUCCGAACUCCGGCGACAACACGACGAGUGCAAUCAGAAAACCCUAACCCUUCCGAAGCUUCUACAAGUGGGAAUACAAAUGAGGGCAGUUUUGAUACCAGUUUUGCGUCCCCUUCUGUGUCUCGCAUCGCUUCUGGGAAGCCAUCGGUGCCACCAUCAUCGCGUCGUUCGAAACCUCGGCUUGUAAAGGUGAGGAGACAAUCGGGUGCGCGGCAGGUGGGGUCGACGCCGGAUUCGGAGGCUCGAGCCUACUCGAGUUUUAAUCCAUUUCGUCCAGUUUCGACGAGUUUGGAUCAAAAUGAAAUGCAGGACUUGCGUGACCAGUGGCAGAGCUGGAACCCCUUCUUCCCAGGUUCUGCUCAGAAAACUGGAGGUUCAAAUGCUUUUGGUGCUGCAAGUUCUAGUGAUCUAAAGUUUGGGAAACCCAACAUUGCAGAUUUUGUUUUUGUAGCCAAUCCGAGUAGUAUGACCUCGAAUUCAAAUUUGGAAAAGAGCGGGCUCGGUGAAAGUGUCGGCGAAUCGCUUCUGCACGAGAUGAGGAAGUUGAACUUUGGAAAUCAAUCAGAGCAAAAGGCUUCUGAAGAUUCCACUUUUAGUUUUAGUGCAGCUGGGGGAGAGAGUUCAAGUUCAGGUGUGUUUGUUUACGGAAGUAAUAGUAAGAAAAGUUAUGAUUUUGACGGAAACAGAGUGUGUAAGCUACAAGAUGAGAAGAGGAAUUUGAAUAAUGAGGGCUUUCAGAAUCAGAACAAUGCGGAUAAGCCUAAAAAUGCUGAUUUUAUAUCAAAAGGUUCCGGUGAGAAUAGUUUUGUAUUUGGAGGAAGUGACAACGGGGAAAGCUUGGCAUCACAAAUUCCAGAGUCAAUGAAGAAAUUGAACUUGAAAGACUCUGGGAAUGUAGGUGGUUCAGAGAAGUCUAAAGAUGCUGAUCCUAACUCUAAAGCUAACUUUAAGAGCACUUUCGUCUUUGGCAGUGGAAGGAGCACUGGAGGUUUUUCUGAUAGUAGCUCAGCGACAACGCUUCCUGUUGAACCGAAGAAGCUGAACAUACAAGGCUCUGGGAAUGAUGAUGGUAUUGAGAAGAUGAAAGAGACCAGUUUUAAGGCCAGUAGCAAUAACAUAUUUGUCUUUGGGAGUAGUAAGAAGCCUGCUAGUGAUGGGGCAGAAAGUGUGCUGCCUGAUGAGAUGCGGAAGUUGAAUAUUGGCAAUCAGAUGAGAGGUCACACUGGUCAAAUGAAUACCAGCUCUUCUUAUAGAACUUCUGUAAAGGAGACACAGCGUGAUCCUGCUGUUGAGAACCCUAUUCCCACGCCACCCACUUUUCAGCCUGGAGUGCAGGGGAAAAAUUUAGGCGUGGGACAAGUUCCUUCAUACCAACCAAAUGAUGAGAAUGUUACCAGAGUGGAUGGAGCUGCUGCGUCAUCAUCUUCAUUCUCAUCAACUGGCUACCAGUCAGCUGGGAAUGUUUUUGAAAUGCCUUCGACAGAUGGAGCUGAAAGUAAGAGUGACUUCAGUUUUACAAGCACAAGAGAUGGGUCAGGGACACCAUUUAUGGAUUUUAGAACACCAAAACAGAAUUCCACUUUUGCUUCUACAGCCAAUUUUUUUGCUGAUUUAAAUCAACAGUUGGACUUCAGUGCAAAAAAAGGUGCGUCUAAGGACCAAAGGUUAAAGAAAAGGAAGGGAAAAAGGCAAUCUGCGAUGCUCAACCGUCGGGCUGGGCAAGAGUUCAUUUCUAGGGAGAGUAGUUCCCAAGAAAAUCUGGAGUCUCCUGGUUCUUAUUCACCCAUGGAUUUUUCUCCUUAUCAAGAACCUAAAGGUUCUAGAGAAACUUCCAUGGCAUCAGAUGGGUCCUUCCACCUUGACAACAGCUCUGUGUCAACUGAUGCACAACAGACAGUCUCUUCUGAGGCAACAGCUGAGGUCUUGGCUGCUGAAACACAACAGUUACAUAUCAAUGGCGAUGAUCCAAAAUGCAGAGAAAUGAAUGAUGAUGGUUUCAAAAAUGGUUUUGAGCAAAAUGUUGGAGUUGGUCAUCUUGUAGAUGAGUCUCUAUCUGGUGCAGAAACCGAGUAUUUUAGGUCCGAGGCGGAGAAGGUUGACAUGGACAGCAAUGCUGGUGCUGCAACAACGACUACUGAAACUAGCUUUAGCUCGAACUUAGAGAAACAAGAGAGUGAUUUAAGGGUACCUUUUACUUAUGCAUCAACAUCAGAAGAUGCUGGUGAAACUAACUUCACCUUCGCUGCAUCAUCAUCUAUGCAUGGUCAUUCAUCAGCAUCAAAGUUUCGUUACAGAAAGAAAAACCGAUUGAAACUUGGUCAGGAUUCGUAUAACACUACACCAAAUGCAAAAUUUCAGAUGACAUCUACCUCCUCGCAGUUUUUUCCGUUUGCUAGUAGUACUUUGCUUUCAGGUGCUGGGCAGAGUAAAAGAGGAGAUUCAUCCACUUCUGAAAGCAAAGGGCAGAUUAGAUCUGAAACAGAUAAAGAACCAGAUGUCAAGCAAGGAUCAAUCUCCACAGCUGCACCCCCUACUGCAGCUCAGGAAUGUGAAAAGUGGCGACUCAGGGGCAACCAGGCUUAUGCAAAUGGUCAUUCUUCUAUAGCUGAGGAUUAUUAUACACGUGGGGUCAAUUGUAUUUCUCCAAAUGAGACGUCUAUAAGCUGCCUUGAGGCUUUGGUGCUGUGCUAUAGCAAUCGUGCUGCAACAAGGAUGGCUCUUGGGAGGAUGAGAGAAGCACUAGAGGACUGUAAGACAGCUGCUGCAAUAGAUUCCAGCUUUCUCAAAGUCCAAGUUAGAGCUGCAAAUUGUCAUCUUGCAUUAGGGGAGAUUGAAGAGGCCGCAAAAUAUUUCAAGAUUUGCUUGCAAUCGGGAACAAGUGUUUGCUUGGACCGAAAACUUGUAAUUGAAGCUUCUAAUGGUCUGCAAAAAGCUCAGCAAGUGGCUCAGCAUAUUGAUCGCUCUAUUGAACUAUUGCAUCAAAGGAAACAAAGUGAUGCGGAAAAGGUGUUGCAAAUUGUUGCCGAGGGUCUCUCAAUAAGUCCAUACUCUGAAAAAUUAGUUGAAAUGAAGGCGGAGGCUCUCUUCAUGCUGCGGAAGUACGAAGAGGUGAUUCAGCUUUGUGAGCUUACUCUUGAUUCUGCCGAAAGGAAUUCUGUCACAGUUAGUUCUGGUUGCCAAUUGGUGAAGAUGGACAGUUCUAUAAGCAAUAAAGGCACUGCUGAGAGACUAUGGCGAGUGCACUACAUCUCUAAAUCAUACUUUUAUUUAGGAAAGCUUGAGGAGGCUCUCGAUUUACUUGAGAAACACAAGAUUUUGAGAACUGCUGUUGAAAAGAACAGAAGCAAGACUCUGGAAUCAUUAAUGACAUUAGCUGCUACUUUGCAUGAGUUAUUGCAACACAAGGCUGCCGGGAAUGAAGCCUUUCAAUCUGGAAGGCAUUCAGAAGCAGUUGAACAUUAUACUGCUGCGUUAUCAUGCAAUGUUGAGUCCCGUCCUUUUGCUGCAAUCUGUAUUUGUAAUCGUGCUGCUGCAUACCAAAUGUUGGGUCAAAUAACUGAUGCAAUUGCAGACUGCAGCUUAGCGAUUGCGCUUGAUGGAAAUUACCCAAAGGCAAUUUCCAGAAGAGCCACAUUACAUGAGAGGAUUAGAGACUAUGGACAGGCAGUAAAUGAUCUUGAGAGAUAUUUAUCUCUUCUAGAAAAGCAAUCAGAGGAUAAGACUGGAGCAAAAGGUAAAUCAACUAGCAGUGUGAAUGAUUUAAGACAAGCUCGACUGCGACUUUCCUCAAUGGAGGAAGAAGCCAAGAAAGGAAUUCCCCUAGAUAUGUACCUCAUCUUAGGAGUUGAGCCAACUGGCACAGCAUCAGAUAUCAAGAAAGCUUACCGUAAAGCAGCACUUAGACAUCAUCCAGACAAGGCUGGUCAAUUCUUGGCAAGAACAGAUAAUGGAGAUGAUGGUCUGUGGAAAGAAAUCGCUGAAGAGAUUCAUAAGGAUGCUGAUAGGCUUUUUAAAAUGAUUGGAGAGGCAUAUGCUGUACUUUUUGACCCUACCAAGCGCUCUCGAUAUGAUCUAGAAGAGGAAUUUAGGAAUUCCCAAAAGAAAGGUGGUGGAAACACUGCAAGAACUCCUACUGAUGUUCACAACUAUCCAUUUGAGAGAAGUGCCAGCAGGCGCCAGUGGCGGGAAGCAUGGAAAUCAUAUGGGAACCAGCACCAUCAUUGGUCAGAAGCAUCUCGAUCAAACAGGUACUCUUGACAACCACAUGGGAGUUUCAUUGGGAAUCACAAGGCAUUGGAUCAGGUUGUUGACUCGAUCCUAGAUACUCGAGAAUAUGUUAGAUAGAUACAAUAUGCAACUUUCUUCCAGUUCAAGAGUUUCAGAAGGCAGACAAUGACUGCAUCAGUCCAUCAAAGACUGACUAAGCUAUUGGUGGAGAUUUUGCACAUGUUUGAAGAGCUCAAAGAAUUUUGAGGAUUGGCGGCUUCGGAAGGUUGUUGAGCCUCCAAAAGACAAAAGGGCGGAUAAGGUUUUCCUGUCCUGUUUUUUACAUGUGUACCAGACAUCUGUACAGCAUACAUAAGAAAAUUUUGCCUUUAAAAUGAAAAGGAUGAAAGUCUCAGCCACUGAUUAGAUGCAGGGAGAGUGGUGUUUAGCUAUACUUGUGGAAGGAGAGUCCACAAGUAUUGCUAAUUAUAAAUUAUUUAAUCUUAUAAUUUUUUUUUUCUCAUUUUUGGGGGCUUCCAGAUGUAUUGGAACAUUUAUAUGGGCAUGAAAUUCGUCUUGCUUGGCUGAGAGAAAUUUUUUGAGCAUUUUGUAUGAAGCAAUUGUUGACCUGUUUGGGUUGUACAUGAUCAUUAUUUGUUGAGUGGAAAACAAGUCAAAAUGAAGCAAGCAAUGAAAAAACAUUUUAAGUUAGAAA